CCAUUCAACAAGGAUUUGAUUAUGGAGCAAGGAAGGGAGGCCUGCUACUCCUGUGAGGAGUCUUUCAUGACUGACUAUAAGAUGAUGAUGACUGUGGGUCAUGGACAUUUUUCUGAGGUAAAACUGGCCUUCCAUGUUCCUACUGUAACCUGUGUGGCUGUAAAAGUUCUUCAAAUGAAGAAGAAGAAUGCCUCGCUUGUUGCCAAUGAAGUCAGCAUCAUGAAAUCUCUCCAGCAUCCAAACAUCAUUAAGUUGUUUCAGGUGGUCCAAUCAAGAGACACCACCUACUUAGUAAUGGAGCACGCAUCAGAGGGAGAUCUUCUUCGGCACAUUCUGGAACUGGGGUUCUUACAGGAGAGUGAGGCACGAAGGCUAUUUACACAGAUUCUCCUUGCCAUGCAGUACUGCCAUGAAAACCAUAUUGUCCAUAGAGACAUUAAGGCCAAUAACAUACUACUCGACUGCAGGGGUAACGCCAAGUUAUGUGAUUUUGGCCUUGCUAGUAAAAUGACCCCAGGGCAGAAGCUGAGUGAUAUCUGUGGCACGCGCCCGGAAAUCUUUGUAGAGAAGCCCUAUGAUGGCUGUGCCAGUGUUUGGAGUUUAGGUGUGCUUCUCUUCCUCAUGGUGGUCGGGCACUUUCCCUUCCGGGCUAGCUCUUCUGAAGGUCUGAGGCAUCAGAUCCUGCCUGCAAACUUCAAAAUACCUCAGCAUGUUUCCAUAGAUAUUUUCAAUGUCAUCGUCGAAAUGCUGAUGAUCAACCCGGAUAGGAGGCCCACCAUUGACCAAAUCAUGACGCGCCCCAUGAUCAGGGACAGCAAGGCACAUUCACCACCUAUGUCCACACAGAAAUGCCCUUGCACUGUGAACCCUGGCAUUGUCAGCACCAUGACAGUCAUGGGGUAUAAGUCUGAGGAAAUCAUUGAUUCUCUGAGAGACGAAACCUACAACCAGGUAAUGGCAACUUACCUGAUUCUCCAACACCAGUCUCCUGCGGGAGACUGUGGCCAUCAGCAAGUGGAAACCAUGCAGCCAGGCCAUGUCCUCAACCUUGCAGAUCUUCACACCUUCCCUGUGCCCCUAAGGAGAGCUACUGAGCCUGCUACCCUGAACUUCACCUUGCCAUCUAAGCCCCAGGAGAAGGAAGAAAGGAAGAAUGCCAGGCAGGAUGCCAUAAGGCAUAGCAUGCCUGCCACCCUGUUCUGCAAGUCAGAGAAGACCUACCAUUCCCACUUAGUCUACCAAAACAAUCAUCGAGCUCUUUUCCUCAUGUACAGCAGCGAGGAUAUGAGUGAGAUUUUCUCUGAUUCCACGAUCGGGACGAGUGGCAGCCUGAUGUCCAGUGUCCAGCCAUCUCUCUUAAUGUACACUGCUUCUUCCAGGCCAGACCACAAUGAAACCACACAUGACACAGACAACAUAUCUUCCCUCAGUUACCAAGAGGAACUAUGGAGCUCCAUGGAGAUAGCUCAGAGUGUCACCUCCACGGGCUCCUUCUCUGGGGAUAUAUUUCAGGUAGACACCAGCAAACAAGAAGAAGACAUUAAUGAGGAAGUGAAUAUCACACAGGAAGAGGCCAUGAAUGAGAAAGAUACCAUCACACAAGAAACAACCAUAACCCAGGAAGAGUCCAUCACAGAGGAAGUGACCAUAACCCAGGGAGAAGACAUCUCAGAGGAAGCAACAAUAACCCAGGAAGUGUCUGUAACAAAGGAGGUGACCAUAACCAAGGAAGAAGCCAUAACACAUGAACUAACCAUAAUCCAGGAAGAGGACAUGGCACAUGAAGUGACCAUGACUCUGGAGGAGACCAGGACAAAGGAAGUGACCAUGGCCGAUGGAGUGAGCAUGACUCAGACUGAGUCCAUCACAGAGGAAGAGACCCUCAUGGAGCAUGAAGACAUCAUUCGGGAAGCAACCAUCACUCUGGAAGUGACAAUGGCCCAGUUAGUGACCCUGACUCAGGAAUGCACCAUAACACAGGAGGAGGCCAUCACCCAUGGCCAGCCUGAGGAUUCUGGUCCAGCUUCCUCAGGAAACAGGAGGCGCCCCAGCUGGAAGGGGGUCAAGAAAAUAAUGGUGAACUUCCUCAGACACCUGUGCUGCUGCCUGCCACCUGCCAAGAGACGACUCCUGCAGGACCCUGACUCCAAAGAAGCAGGUUCCUGCAGUCACCCACAGAACCAG